AUGGCGCCCUCUAACCUUCCGUCGAUCUUCAAUGCGACGAACCAAGAUAUCGAGAUGCUGCUUGCAGCUCAAGCCCACAUCGGCACCAAGAACAUGCAGGUUCAUAUGGAGCCGUACCUGUGGAAGACUCGACCUGACGGAAUCAACGUGUUGAACCUGUCGAAGACCUGGGAGAAGAUUGUCCUCGCUGCCCGCAUCAUCGUCGCUGUCGACAACCCAGCUGACAUCUGCGCCAUCUCCGCUCGUCCCUACGGUCAACGUGCGGUCCUGAAGUUCGCCGCCCAUACCGGAUCCACCGCCAUCGCCGGUCGCUUCACCCCCGGUAACUUCACCAAUUACAUCACCCGCUCCUUCAAGGAACCGCGCCUCAUCAUCGUCACCGACCCCCGCACCGACGCCCAGGCCAUCAAGGAGGCGUCGUACGUCAACAUCCCCGUCAUCGCGCUGUGCGACAUGGACUCCCCGACCGAGCACGUCGACGUGGCCAUCCCCACCAACAACAAGGGUCGUCACUCCAUCGGUCUGAUUUGGUGGAUGCUUGCCCGCGAGGUCCUCCGCCUCCGCGGCACCAUCGCUUCCCGCGACACCGAGUGGGACGUCAUGACCGAUCUGUACUUCUACCGCGAUCCUGAGGCGGAGGAGAACAAGGACAGCGCCGGCGUCGAAGAGGCCAAGGUCCCGGGCGUCGAUGAGGUUGGCGCGGUUCCCGUGGCCGGUGGAUUCGCCGCCGACUGGGAUGCCAGCGCGGCGGCUGUUGUGCCGGCUACCGGUGGAGACUGGGACGCGGUUCCGACUGGCGACUGGGCCGCCGCGGCGCCCGCUGCCGAGGCUGGAAACUGGGAGGACACCCCCGCUGCUCCUCAACAGGCGAGCCAGUGGUAG